CUCUUCUCCAAUUACGUAACGCGAAGAGUUACGGGUGCUGAAGCCAACGGAAGCCGUUUCCGCAAAACGGUAACGUGUGUUUUCAACAAGAAGAGACUCGAUUCCCUUUGUGUACAAUGGGUCGUCGCAAAUCCAAAAGAAAGCCUCCUCCAAAGAAGAAGAUGACGGGGGAUCUGGAAACUCAGUUCACAUGUCCUUUCUGCAACCACGAGAAGUCAUGUGAUGUCAAAAUGGAGAGAAGCAGAAACACUGGGAUAAUAUCAUGUACAGUCUGCUUGGAGGAGUUCCAGACCCCCAUUACCUAUCUGUCAGAGCCAGUUGAUGUGUAUAGUGAUUGGAUAGACGCCUGUGAAGCAGCCAAUCAAUAGAACUCAUGAAAAUGGUUAGAAACAGAGCGCAGUUAAGUUCUACCCACACUGAAGAGGAAAACCUUUUUUUUUCUUUUUCGUUUUGCAUUGCUUGAUGCAUGCUUGUCAUUUGUUCCUGUUCACAAAAAGCUGUCAAUUGCCCAAUGGCCACUUUGCAGGUUCUUGAACUCUUUAUAAGCUGCCAAACAAAAGCUUGAAUCAGCAGCAGAAAUGGGAGAAAAUGUGCAACUACUGAUAAAUAAAAUAUCCAAAUGUCAAA